AGGAGAAAAGGUCACGUCGAGGAUGGAGAGCCGCUGGGUGCCGCCGUUGUUUCACCGUGGCCAUGGAGAGGAACGUGAAUGGAAAAGGAAACAGGGAAGCUGCUACUUGGGAUUUGAGGAAAACGGCUUUGUUCUGCCUCGCCUCUAGGUUCUGCAAGUUCCCAGAGUCCUCAGCCACCGGGAACCAGCACUGGAGCUGCCUAGAAUCACUACUGCUGCUGCCAUGGGAGCUGGUAUUGGAACCACUGAUGGAGCUGCUGUUUUUAGUGAUUUUUGCGAGUUGUGACAUCGAGGAAAGAGUGGCAAGUGAAACAAAUGAUGCAUGGUGCAUUUCUACCCUAAAUAGACUUAAAGAAGCUUCGCCAUUGAGCUUGAAGGUUUCCCUGAGAUCAAUACGAAAGGGUAGAUUUUAAACUCUUGACCAGUGCUUGUUGCGUGAGUACCAUACGACUUUACAAGCAAAAUCUAAGCAGAUUUCUGGUGACUUUUGUGAG